AUGUUUGCCAAUACCGCACCAAUCGUAAACAUCGACCUGCCAGCACCCAUUAUUCUUUCAUGUGUACAACUCUUUUCUCUUCAUUUAUGCUUGUUUUGUAUUGACUAUCUCUUGGCACGCCACGAGCAUCAUAUCCCUACCAUUCUUCAUGGUGCACGGCUACGUGUUGCCCUUGUCGUUAUCCACUUUUUGAUGCCCAUCGUCUUUGCAUGCCCCAACUUUUAUAUCAAUGGUAUGCUUAUUGGUGCCCCUUGGUUCAUUGCAUCCAAAAUUGUGCAACAUGCCAGCAACAUUAAAGACAACAACAACAAGGCCUCAUUCUUCAAUCACCUUGUGCGUUCCAUUUCAUCCAUGACACCUUCCAACACGACCACUACUACCAACGAGGAGCGAGUACGUAUACGUAUACAAGGCUUGGCCAAGGUUGCACGAGGCGUAUUCAAAUGGGCGUUCAUGAAGAGCAUCAUUGAUCCACAAAUCCCUCCCAACUAUGGUCCAUUGUUACUAGCAUUGCCCUACUGGAGUUUAUACAGCGUAUGGUUAACAGCUGUACUUGGGAUCAAGGUCUAUUGUUUAUGCGGUAUCUCGGAUCUCUCAUUUGGCUUGCAGCAAUUCAUUUUGGGAAUCUCCUAUAUGGACAUGUUUGAUUCACCUAUCAUGGCUCACAGUCUACGCGACUUUUGGAGUCGUCGGUGGAACCUUCCUGUCAAAAAUUUAUUGCAUGAACAAUUCUUUGCAACAACAACACACCAAGUACCACAAAAGCCUCAUGAUGCUAUGAAGAUAACACUCUCCAAUCAACGCCAAUUAUCAGCAUCUCGUUACACGUCGCGCAUAGUGCGUGGGCUCUUUAUCUUUUUCGUCAGUGGAUUGUUUCAUGAAGUGAUGCUCGCUGCUGUUGUACGUAAAGUGACCUUGGAGCAAAUCCUUUUCUUUAUGCUUCAAGGCGUCUUGGUAUUACUGGAAAUCAAGUUAUUGGAUACGACGCUUCGACCUGACAAGGGAUGGAUCCAUCGCACAUGGUGCAUACUCUUCAAUUUUGCUUUGCUGGCAGUGACGGGGCGAUUGUUUUUAGCACCUUACAUCAGAAGCGACCUGAUUACCCGGAUCUUUGGUUGA